AGCUUCUCUGAUUCGAUUCUUGUUGAAAAAGCUGUUGGCAGUGGCACCAUUCAUUCCAUCCGAGGGUUGUAUUGUAGUGGUACCGUUCGAUACGAUCUACUUUCCAUACACCUAACUGCGUCUACGAUUGUCUCUUGGCAACCAUAAUGAAGCUAUAGUGAAGCGCCCACUACUUGCUAGCUAGCUCUAAUAAGAGGCACAGAAGAAAGGCAUCGAAAUUGCUGGCUGGCUGGUGGUACCGUAGGAAUAGAAGUUCGAGUGGUCUUCGUGUCAGCGGAUCAAUCGAAUCGAAUCUCUGCCAUACGGGAUUCUGUUGUUGUUGUCGUUGUGGCGGCUGAAUACUAUCUCUUUUGGUGGUUUGUGGGGAGGGGUUUGUCAAACAAAGAAGGGAAGAAAAGAAAGCUGUAACGACUGUGUUGGGAAGCAGCCAAAGAGAGUUGCGCGUCGACAGCUCACGGGCGAGAAAGUUCAAGAUUCUGCUGGCUAGCUAGGAGCAACAAUUUGCUUUUCCGUGGACAUUGGAAUAGAGUCGAAUCGAAUCAGCUCUCUCUCUCCAUUGGCAAUCUGAUCUGCUAUCUGUCUCUGACUACCAAUCCUCGAAUCAAUCAAACCAUCGAAUCGAACCAUGGCCACCGCCCCGAAUGGCUCUGCCAACGCGGAGGGCAACAACCACAGUCCCAUUCGCCCCAGAGGAAGCCUGCUGUCGUCUACCAACACCAAACUCAGCCGUAGUCAAUGGAAACGAGCGCGCAAAGCCCGACGGGAAGCCAAAGUCGUCCAAAAGUCUGCCUCUCAUGUCGAUAAGAUCGUUCGAGAAUUGACCGAAGGAUUGCCUUUCUUGCUCAACACACCCAAUCAACCCAUUGCCAAGUUUCAUCGCAGUGAAAUUGUUGUGGGAAAUCUACUGGGAAGAGGAGUCUUUGCUCGGGUCUACGAAGUCAAAGAUUUCGAUUUGCACGAUGAAGACGAAGAAGAAGAAGUCUCGGAACGACUGUCGCCUCAGCAACAAAUCAUUCAAGAAAUGGGAGGAAACGGAGGAGUGCCACCUUUUGACAGCAGUAGUAGCAGCCAUGGCAGUAGCAACUUUCCUCAAAACCAACAACUCAUCAACACGGUCGAUGACAGGCCCCUCGGAGCCAUUGCCGAAAGUGAGAGUGACGAAGAAGACGAUGCGUGGGGCGCUCGGACAAGAAACCAAAGACAAAGACGACAACAACAGCAACAAAGACCUCGACAACAGCAACCACAAAAUGGCGGUGGAGGUGGCAGCAGCACGGAUUCGCCCAAUGGGGAUGACUCUACUACGGCUGGAACGUCCUCCACGGCUCCCAUUAGUGCUCCGCCCACACCACCUUUGCCACCGCAAGCCUUGUUGGAAGACGAAGGAAGUGCACGGACGGUACGGUUUGGGACCAAUAAUCGAGGGUCCUCAUCACUGGUACCCCACAACAGCAACAGCGUUCGGGCAGCCCGUGGCAGCAUGCCCAAUCGACCGUCUCUGCGCUUUAGCACGUCCAAUUAUCAACGCAAUUUCAUGUCGUCCAAUCAUCUAGAUCUGGAUCAAUCGACCCUACGGCUCAAAGCAAGAGAUGUCGUUCAAAGUGGAGAAAUGGGAUAUGCCCUCAAGCAUCUGACACAAACGCUAUUGAGAAAUCCAAAAGAUUUUUACUUGGCUGCAGCGGCGCUCCUGGUGGAAGCCAAAUACUUGUCCAAACUAAAUCAUCCCAACAUUAUCAAAGUCACGGGACUAGCCAUGAGCGGUGCUGGUAUUGUGGAACAAGAAACACCCAAACAACAACCCAAAAAGAGCAUUUCCUCACGUUUCUUUGACGACGCUAGUAACGAUAACGAUCACGGUCCCAAGAACGGGCUAGAAAGUGCGCAACACGACAGCUACUUUCUAGUCUCGGAGCGAUUGACGGACACGUUGGACCGAAGGAUACGACAAUGGAAGCGGGAUCAACCCGCACGAAAGAAACUCUCCGAGUUGACCAGUGGACAGAAAAUACAAGCGUGGAAACACAUGAUGCGGAAAACCAGCUAUGCAUUGCAAAUAUCCAAUGCAUUGGCAUACCUACACGAACGCAACUUGUUAUAUCGAGAUCUUAAGCCCCCGAACAUUGGCUUUAGCGGUGACAAUCAAACCAUUGUGCUGUUCAAUUUUGGACUGUGUCGCGAACUGAAUCCGGCGACGCUCAAGGUUCGAGAAGAUCCCGUAACGGCACUCUUCGGAGCUUUGAGUUGGAGGUAUACAGCCGUCGAAUGCUUCCCCCAGCCUGUCGUGGCCACACCGGCGCAACUCGUGGCCAGCAGUACACGUUUCUUGCAGAAUCACAGCUCUCGCAGUUUUGGAUUGGAUUCACUGUCCAGCAGUCUGCAUGGGAGAAAGGGAGGGCGCAAAUACGCGUCGUCGGAGGAUGUGUCUCCCCAGGAAGUGCAGCGUGAACUCCUGGCGGUUCAGGAAGAGUAUCAAGAAGAAAUAAUUAGUGCAUCGAUGCACAAUAAUUCCGCAGGCUCGUCUCGUUCCCGAUCCAAUACGCCACGUCCGAAUUUGCCAGAGGACAUCAGCAACAACGACAAGAAGAAGAAGAAGAAGAAAAAGGUCCAAGACUGUGUGCACAUGGUCAAGGCAUCGUACGACGUAAAUGUUGAUGUGUACAGCUGGGCAAUGGUGUAUUAUGAAAUGUUGACACUCAAUCAGCCAUUUUCGGGCAUGACGCAGAAGGAGCAUCUGCGAAAAGUCGCCGGUCCAAAGGGAGGUCAACGGCCGGGGGUGUAUCAGUUCGAUUUGACACCAUCCAUGAUAUCGUUGUUGCAACGCGCCUGGGAUCAAAACCCAAAGAAACGACCGACCAUGGAGAGCGUAGGUCGAAAUCUUCAACUGAUCCUUCGCGAGCUCGAAGUUCUCAUCAAAGCAGAGCAAAAGGUGCUGCUGAAGAAAGCUGGUGGCACGGAAGAAGCAGUGGCAGCGCUGACAUCUCGGGAAGAACGGGCGGCAAGGCGUGCCAAAUUAAUUAUGGAAGAAACAGAGCGGAUGGUCAACAGUGCGCGAUCUCCGCUGAAGCGCGUGGGGAAAAACUCCUCUGUUUUGAAAGCAGUGAUAAAGCAAGUCGAUGGACUGUUUGCAAAGAAUCGUUAUCGCCGAGGCGAUGUCCGUGACAGCGUCAUGGGGCCACCAGCUACUGCCCUUUUGGGGACGACACCAGCCCCCAAUGUCAUUCCUGGUCUUGCUAAUCCCGCAUCAACACCGGGAUCUCGGGAUUCCAUUGCAACCGCAACCGAUAUCGAUGUUGAUGCGUUGGAGUAUGAAGCAUGGAGCAGCGACGGGGGAGACGAUGGAGAGUCGCUGUCUAUGGAGUCGGAAGAUCCUUCUUCGCUGACAGACAACUUCGGGGAAACUGCAGGCAAUCGAGAUAGUGCACCAGCGGAAAACGCAGAAUUUGAGAUUCCUGUCAUUGUUGAGGAAGACGAGAACGAAGAAGGAAGCGAUGCAGAUGUGGUGGGAGAUGCAAUAUCUGCUUUUCGAAACAAAAAGAAAGAAACAAAAUCACAGCAAAGCCUCAGCGGAAACACAGGCGAGCGAGUUCCCAGAUCGCGGAGAAAAACGAAGUCUGACUCAAUGAAGUACAAAUCCCGCAAAAACAUGCUCGACAACUUUUCCUUGGAACGUCGCGGUACGAAUCGCAUGUCUCGCAGAACAAUGAGGUUAUCACGUGCCAGUGUUUGGAUGAUGCGGCGGGACGUUCGAAUCUUUGUCAUUCUUUUUUCCAUUGCAGUAACGGCAGCAUUUUGCGGUGCGGGAUGGUCUUGGUACAAGAGGCGACAACGAACUUGGCUUGGAGUUGAUUUGGAGUAUUUGGGAGUGCAUAACAAGUCAAACGCCAGGGAAGUUCUCGAAGGUGCCAUCAUGGAUGCCUGCCGUCACGAAGUCGUGCCAGAAAAAGAUCCGAAUGUUCCUAUGAUAUUCCAGGGUGGUGCUCUUUCUCCAGUGGAUUUGGAGUGCACCGAUAAAUUGCAAAGGCAACUGGACGAUAAAAUGGCUCGGGUUACUGGUGUACCGGUUAAGAAGCCCAACUCUGCAUUCGUUGGUUUUUUGAACCUUCAGCAGUUCGACCGGCCACCACCACAGCCGAAGAAACGAUGGCGGAGGAAGAGGGUUUGGAAGUUUUUCCGAGAGCCAGACUCGAAUAAGGCUUCCUCGCCUCCGUCCUAUCCUUCACGCGUUGACUAUCCGGCCACCGAACGCAAGGAGGAGUCAGCCAAUGCUCUUGUUUCUGAACAUACCCGCACGGAAGCGGAAAUGUCUUGCGACGAAUCCUGUACGGAAAGAGAAGAAAUCGCCGACAUGUUUCCAAGCAGUUUGCAAACGACCUGGGGAACACUAUUCGGGCAGAAACGAAGUGCUGAGCAACGCUCGAAUGGGUUAGGUGAAGAUGAGGAUGUACAUAUUAUGAUCCCCGAUACCAAAGGAAAGAAUCCUCCUGAGCUCACCGAUUUGGAAACAGCACCCGUCGAAGAGGAAGCGCCAUCAUCAGUGCGGCUACCGGUAUAGAGGAAAGGAGCAAGGCCAUUGUGAAAACUCCAAAGUUUUUUCUAAUGUAGUGUUAAGCUAGCGCAUAGUGUGUAUG